GAUACCUGCAACUGAAUCUGUAAGCGGCGCAGGGCAAGAUGGACGAGAAAAACAGCGAGAAGAAGACAAACAGAGGGAGGAAGGGAGACCUCUUUCUAUUGCCUUCCCUUUCUACUUCUAGACUGGUUCGUCGGCGGGACAGCGAGCCAAGAUCCGAUUCGUCAAUCGACGAAUCCAUGCCGCGUAACCUGGCAAAGGGGAAAGAGACGAUGGCAACGCACCUCAUACAAGAGGGAGUCCGAACAGCCUUACAUGAGGCUACCAAAGACUAUGAGGCACUCAGGCGACCAGCGAUUGAGAGAUACUCAAGCGACAGCUCAGGCGGCCAUCGAAGGGGACUGCGAGGCACUCAGGCGACCGGCAAUUGUGAUGCACUCAGGUGA